GAAGAUUUUGUUUCAAUAUACCAAUACAAUCACAGUUUUCUAAUUUAAUUUUCGCAAUAAGUUUAGUACCUAAUCGAAUUGUGAAAUAUUUAUUUUAUUCGUAGUAAAAGUUUCAACACUUCGAUUUCUCUUCAAACAGGCAUUCAUAUUCUUUAGCAAAUUAACACAUUGACCGUAAAAUGCAGUCGACAUUAUUAUUGGUUUGGUUGGUCUGCUUCUGUGCGGGCUAUAUGAACCCUCGGCUGCAGAGGUGGCUGGAUGAAACCCGGCGCAGGAGGUUCCUGCCCGCCACUCUCGGCACUUUCGAUGACAGCGCCGAGCCGCUGCCGGACGCUAACCAGCCGCCGGAGUACACCUACCAGUCGCUACAGGACGCCAACCAGUCACCAGAAGACACCAACCAGCCGACAGACGCCACCAACCAGCCGCCAGACUCUCCCAAUCACGACAACACAAACUUCUGCCCGAUGCCGGUGAUGCAGCAGCAGGGGGCCACGCUGGUGCCGGACGACAACGCCCACCCGUGGGCGGCGAGGGUGGUGCACACGCGUUUUUGGCCCGGUAUAGAAGAGCCCUUCCUGUGCACGGCGACCGCGAUUCAACGUCGAAUAUUUAUAACUGCCGCUAGAUGUCUCGCCACAUCCAAACCCUAUCAUACCCAUCUACGGAUGCGAAUGAACCUGACAGUAGCAGUGCAAUUUUUUGUGACGCCAUCUCCAUCCACCAAACAACUGUUCGACGACAUUGGGUUUAUCGGUGCAUGGGAUAGCAUUGAUAGAAAACCAGGACGCGAGUAUUCACCUUUGGACGGGUUCCUGUCAAUAUCGAGGAAGCCGCGCGCCGGCGGGGGCGCCUGGCGCCUGGACUGGGCCGCCGGCGCCGCCUACAAGCUCGUGGGGUUCCUCGCGGAGAGAGAGUCACCGUCGAACCAAUCCCUGUACGAGUUGGGUGAGAUGUACGGGAGCAACUCGGCGUGCAAUCGGCUCCUGCCGGCGCAGACGCAGUCGCAGGACUACUGGGCCGCGUGCGUGCACUCCUGCCGGCCGCACGAGCACUCCCGCGAGCACCCGCCCUGCCGCCGGUAUCUGCUGGGGCUGGGCCACGCGGUGCUCGACGACAAGAACGAACUGGUCGGCAUCGUCACGUGGUCGUGCGGGAACGAGCCCGGCGCGCUGGCUAGGAGAGGCGGCCUGCCGCUGCCGCUGGGCGUCGCCGUGCCCGACGACCGCUUCCAGCGUAAUUUAGAAUGUGUAGACUAUAUUAUCAGAAGUGGCUUCGAUGGUACGAGUAACUUAACCGUGCCCGGAUUUUAUUCAUCACUUUGUAAAUGAUAUAUUAGUCCCGCUGGCCGCGUGGACAGAAAUUUUAUUUUCCCCUCCCUAGCUCGGAAACACGUAUUUUGUACUUUAAUACCAGCGGGUAAAAACGCAUUUUAUCCACUAGUGGGUAAAGUAAUUUGACCUUGAA